CGAAGCGUGCCAAGUAUUAUAGAAGGAGGAGUUGCGCAGCGAUCGUCAUUCCGCGCCCGACCGCCGACCGCGUCGCACGCGCCAUGCUCGACUACGCGCGCCCGUACGACCCCGCCAUGUGCGACCUGUACCUCACACCCGCCGCGCCCCCCGCGCCCGCGCGCCUCGACGACUUCAAACAAGUCUUCAACAAGGGCCCCGCCUCCUACAUCUACGGGAACUACUACACCAACCCCCCGUACGACGUAUACGCAGAAGAGGACACUUCGACAAACGUUUACCACAAUCUCGUCAGCACCCGCGAGUACCCGCGCGAUGAGUGGAAAUACAAAUUCGUCGUCGACUGGAACGAGGACGACACAAUAUCCUGGAUCAUCGACACAGCUAUCUCUAUGGGCUUCAGUGAAUACGACAUACCGUGGUACAACUUCAAAAUCCUCGGACACGAGUUGCGAAUUAUCAAAAAGGAUGAGAUGAUGCAGAGACUCGCACAUCCGAGCGUAGAUCCCAAUAUCACAGCCAGAAUCGCCAGUGGAUUGUUUGAGAAACUACAGAGCCGUAUCAACGAGGAAUUACUCAGACAGUCAUCAGUGCUAAGGUAUGCAGAGAGCGAUCCCUACCAGCAGCAGGAGCCUGCGCAUACGAUGCUGGACUUGGAUUUGGAUCACAAGAGUCGGAUGUACGCAUCAGAUUACAAGCCAAACAACAGCAGUUUGCUAGCGGCGUGCGAUUCCAGUGACGACGCGGAAGACGUAUACCGUAACUCGGAGACCGCGUCUCCUGAAUGUUCCUACGGCAGUGAUGUGAGCAAGUCCGGAGAUGAGGACGAUAAGAGGAAGCAGUUCAAACGGCCGCCCGGCCGACCAAAAGGGAGUGGGAGGAAAAUCUGCAAGCGUCCAAGAAGCGUAUCAGUUCCAGAGUUCCUCAGAAACCUCCUGUUCGACCCGAAGUACUGCCCGUCGAUAAUCAAAUGGGAGGACCACGCCAACGGCAAAUUCAGGUUCGUCAAGCCGGACGAAGUAGCGAAACUCUGGGGCAAGAUGAAACAGAACGACGGCAUGACCUUCGAGAAGUUCAGCCGAGCCAUGCGGUACCAUUACCGGCAAUCGGUCCUAGUGUCGGUACCGACCGCCCGUCUGGUGUACCAGUUCGGCCCCAAAGGUCCCGACUUCAAGACGGACAACCCGAAUUUUAUCAAAGUGAAGUCAGAGCUGGACAGUUACGAGAUGUACUCCUAGUUUAAAUAGUUAGAGAGUAGUGACGCUAGUUUAGUGAUAGGUUAUGAGGCUCGAACAUGAAGCUUUUCGCGAUAGUUGACUCCGAUUUAGAGAAAUUAUAUUUAUUAAUUCUUCGUUUGUUACUAUUUGCAUCGUGGGGUGGGUUCAAAAGUCGGUCUUGCUCUAUAGAGCAAAACAAAAUGUGUUAGGUGCUUUACAAAUUAAAUUCCUAUUUCGUGCUAUCGAAAGUUUGUGACGACUGUGACCAGUCAUCCGUCCGUAUGACACAAUCUCCUAUCAAAAUGACUUCGAAUAUUAAUUUAUUUUAGUAAUACCACCUUCGAAUUUAUUAAGAUGUAUUUUAAUACCACUCACUGGAGUCUUCUAUCGUGUUAGGCGAUGAGGAGUAGAAGCCUGCUAGAUAGGUGUUUCAGAAUGUUUUGGGUGUGUUUGGGACAGUUCCCCGUUUCGGUUUCAGGCCAGUAUGCGACACAGCCGGUCACUAACUCGUCCCAAUAUUACGUCGAGAUUCAUGAGACCAGUUAUGGGCAUUGAACUAUUAUUACUAAUAUAUAGAACCGGCACACAGAACCAGUAUUAUGCGCCUAGAGUUGAUGUCGUUUUGACAACAAACCUUAGAAGCGGACCGUGAGUCUUGCGACCUAAACGCGUAAGCGCCAUGAAUUUUUAGGCGAUUACGAAGUUAUGUUAGGCGAACCCUACACAUUAAUAAAUAUUGUGAUAAUUAUCAUGAUAUUUAUUAUGUAUCUUAGGCCGGAUCACAGCACACCCUACACCAUCAAUACGGAUCGCGUCAGUACGAAGCGUUCUUUGUACGAGGCAGAUGUGAUGGACUCUAGACAGAGAAAAAUUACUGACGCCAUAAAUAUCAAACGCGACACUACACGCAAGAUAAAUAUCACGAUCCAGGAUCUAGGAUCAGAUUUGAAGCAUUACCGGAAAUCCAGCAAAAUAUUGUGAUCCGUCAAUACACUACCCUUCACGUCAAUAAAUAUUGUGAUCCGUCAAUAUAAUUGACGGAUCACAAUAUGGAUUUUGCGUGUAGGGUUCGCCUUACAGGUUGCGAUUGCGGAAAUGUCAUUGUUGGUAUGGCUUCUCUAUAGUAAUAAUAUCUCAAUGGUUAUUGGCAAGCCCGGUUGUGGACACCCCUGGAGUGUGGUUUGACCCGUCAAUUAAUAGAACGCCCGACUUGUUAAAUGUCCAUAAUUAAUUUUUAAUCGUAAUUAAGUAUUUUUACGAACAGUUUUUAUUGAGCUUCGGACUCGAUGGUUGUUCAGAACGAAUUUUUGAUAAAGUAUUUUUGAUGUUUUAAUUGUUGUAAUUUUAUGAUAGAGUUAAGAGCAGUUGAACAAGGAGCAUUCCAAUCUUAUUUAUAAUUGUAGGAAUAAGUUAUAUCCUAAGUCCGUUUCCAAUUUCGGUUCAAGUUGCCAUAAUUAGUUGUUAAGAAAUGAAUGUACUUAAUUUUAUGUUUCAUCUAUUACAUAGUUUUGCAUGGUCUAUUAGACUAUAAUUGAAGGUAAAGGAAGGACGCUUACCGCAAGGAAUUUCGAACACUAACCCGCCUGUUCGUAUCUUUACGUUCGUAUGCUGUUCCGCCCAUGAUGCUGGUGGGCAAUGACGCUGUGCGAGCGGAAAGGCAAUAUAGUUAUGCGCGUGCGAUAGAGAUAGAAAAACGCGGGUCAAUGUACGGAAUUCCUUGUGCUAAGCGUCCUUGCUUUAACAUGUUAAUUUCGGUCGUUGUUAAGCUUCUUCUCAGUGUUAGAUAAGGUAAUGAAAUUAUUUGUAAUUGAGAAUCGCCGUUGUGCAAUAAGGAAAUUAUGACAAGUAUAAAAGAUCUGCUAGCCAAAGAUUAGUUUUGACAAAUUACUUAAUGUGUUUUAAGGUUAACAAUAAAGUAUAUUUUUUUGACAAUUUUUAACAAUUUUUAGAGUUAGUUUUGCGACUCUCAGGCGAUUGCUGUGAUGUAAGAUAAAACAGAAUAAUUUCUUUGUAAAUAGUCUCUUUUCAUUUGGGCAUUUUCACUUCAAAAUGUACCAUUUAGUUUUUUUCGAAAAUCCAUCAACUAUUGGGUUAUUUCUACUCAGAAUCAAAAGGACUAUCGAUUUAAAAAGGAAAAAAUGUAUCCCAAAAAAAUGACAAUUUUGAUGCGUAUUUUCAUACAUUUUGUAUGGACCGUCACAAAACUGACACCGUUACAAAAAAUUGUAUGAAAAAAUGGGGACACUUUUUUCUUUGUCUCAUUCAAUAGUACUCGUGAUUCUGAGUCUAAAUAACCCAAAAGUUGAUGGUUUUUCGAAAAAAAAUAAUGGCACCAUUUUUUCUGAAAACCCCAAUUUAAUGUCUCAUCUUGACACCAUCAUUCUUGUUUGUUAACUCCUUCAGAUAUUCAUUUUUCUAACAAAUUAAAUUAUUUCAUUAGAUUUAGGUCUUUCUUGAAUUUAUUGAUGAGAUGACUGUAAAAUGACAACUGACAGUACAAAACUGUGUCUUUUCAAAAAGUUGUAUGUAUGUAUACUUAUCGUGCGAUGUCACAAACCUAGUUCGAAUUAUAUACGAAUAAAAAAACCUAGUUUACUAAAUCAAGUGUCAAAUACAAUCGAAUAGUGUUCCGUUUUUUGUUGUCUAUCGUUGAUUAAAAUGUAUACUUGUAAUUGAAAUUAUACAUAUAUUAUAUUGAAUUACUCAUAUUUGAGAAACUAGAUAAUUCCUAGGUUUUUUUAAACGACUUUGCAGUUUCUAUUGCAAUUUUAAAAUUAAUUAUACAACGAUUAAAGCCAAUUAGAUUACAUGAUUGAAAAAUGGAAAUAAAUAUUUUCUUUCAAAAGAAGGGUAUUGUAAAAUAUUUUAAUAUAUAUACUUAGAUUUUUUCAAUUAUAUGUCAGAUUAAAGUAUUGAAUACCGAUUGACGUCAGUUACUAGUUAUUGCUCAAGUUAAUCGUCAUUCGGUAUAUUGUAUUAAACCAUUACUAAUAAAAAUACGUAAUUAUUGAAUCAUAAGACACUGAGUUAGUCACUUUCUAGUUUUCAUUGCAAUAUGUGUACUUAUAUUAAUGUUAAAUAUUCAUUUUGGAUGUAUUUAAAUGGUAUGCUAAGAGAAAAUGUUAUAUCGUGAUUGUAUGAAACAAUUCUAAUGAUAUUGUUGUGAUUAUAAGCUGAAAAAUAUGUCAUAUACGAAAGAAAAAGUGACCAGGGCUGGGAUCGAACCUGCGUCUCCUACAUUCGCGGCAUUAUUGCGUGCCUACACAAUACACAUAUAUUUUUUUAAAGAUAACUACAACUUUUUAUAACUGGUUAUAGUUAUUUCAUAGCUUUUCAUAACAUGACUAUCAGUUGGUUUAUUUUCAAUUAUAUGCCACAUAUUUUUUCCCCAUGACUGUAGGUAAUAAAAUGAGGUAAAAGUUCCAUUAAAUAUUGUUCUAAUUACAUAUAAUGUGCCAACACAUAUAAGUAUAAUUACAUAUAUGGCGUUACUAAAUACUUUUGCCGCUUAAUCAAUUACAUUUCAUUAUUUGAUUAUUUUAAAUUAUUACUUGUAAUAUUUUAACCACCGGUAUACCUACUAAUACGCAAAAUACAAUUAAUAGUUUUGAUAUUGAAUUAUUUAUACUUAGGCAUAAUUAAACUGGUUGAUAAGAUGUAAAUGUGCAUUAUUUAAAAAAUGAUUUUAUUUAACUAAUAAACAUAUUGAGAUUGUCAUUCUUUCGUCCAUUAAAAGUCAUCCAAAAUGAAUACCUACUCACACGAGAUAGGUCUAUCUUUAGUGGUUUUCCCGUUUAUUAUAAUAGCGACUUACUUCAUCAAAAUUAUUAUCACUUUUAACUCUGUAUAUCCCAAUAUUCUCUAAAACCAUAACAACAUUAUUAUCACGUUGAAAAUUUAAAGUAUUUUGAGUGACUGAUAACAUAAUGUAGACACCCUGUUGUGGUUGAGGACACAGGAUGUCCAUUAUUCGGCAUUAGCUAUAUAAAAACGUAAGUUUAUAGACGACAUAGACAGUGACGAGCACUCGAACGGUUACCUAAUUAAAAUAUAUUUCAAUAAAAACAACCAUAAUUGUCACUGAAUACAUAUAAGGUGGUGGUAGUAGUGCUCGACAUGCUAAUGCCCAUAAAUAACACCCUGCUGUCACCUCUAUUGACAAUUACUUAAGUUUCAAGAUGACAUGUACUGGCACCGCGUCGAGCACCAGUACCGCCAAUUUAAGGAUUUCAUUAAAUAAAUCACCAUGUGUGUCAUAAUUAUCUUGAUUUAAGUCGUUAUUAUUAUAAACGUGUUUUUUUCUCAACAAUUUCUACAAUAAUGGUUGUACUGUUGUUUUGUUUAAGCUAGUUGUAAGUGUACGUGCAAUCUGAGAGGUGUUUUAUUUGAAAUUAAAAGAGAAAUAUAUGAUCUAUAUGAAUGUGAACUUA